AAGACUUAAGACGAAGACUACUAUUCCCAGUCUACCUCGGCCGAAACACGUCUUCGUACUUCGUUUCCUUGCUCAAACUCGCUAAUAUGGGAACUUCGAACCAGGACCAGGGGAUUAAAAUUUAGAAAAAUGGCUGCAGAGCAUUAAAGAAAAUCAUCAGUCGCGACCGUAGCGUGCAAGCUGCUUAGAUAUGCAGAACAUUAUUCGAUGAUGAUAUCUGAUAAUGGAAUCGAAGAUAACGAAGACCACGGAGAUGAUGUCCGAGUGGCCUUGCCGACGAACAAAUACGCUGUCCAAAGAUGGAUCGAAAAUUUUCUAGGGUUUCUUGUCUGUCUACACUCAGACUAUUUGGCCGCUCCCGAAACUUCUCAGUGCAGGGAAAAAUGCAAGGAAUUAAAGAGUUUUACCAUGAAGACAAAAGAAAAAAUAUUUCCCACAAAUCCCAAAUCCACUGAGUUACACGAUACUGAAGAUGAUACGAAGAUGUUGGAGGAAUUUAUCGCAUUUGUUACUUCAAGAUGUCAAGAAGAGUUAGAUGCUGCAGAGAAAACUGUUGGCAAAAAAGAUUUAGAUGAUGAUACAGGAGAUACUUUUUACCAAAAGCUAUUCUACUUGGUAAACGGUGUGCAUGAAGGCUGUUCAACCCCCCGAAACGAAGAGGCAAAAAGUAACAGAAAUCCGUCAUCGAAAUUAAAUAGUUUGGGGCAAACCGCCUGCAGCCUGGAACAAAGAGUAAGUGAGUUGGAAGCAAUGCUUGAACAACAGGAAACCACGUAUCAAGAAAAAGUUUCUAAAUACGAAAGCGAUAUCGCAGAGCAUUUGGCAAGAAUCGGUUCACUAGAGGAAAGCUUAAGAAAGACAGAGGAAGCCUUAAAUGAAAUAGCCACUGAAUAUUAUGGUGUCAAAGCCGAAAAUGAGAAGAAAAAGAAAGAUGCUAAAUUUCGAAAACUACUUAAGCUAAACCCUGGCCCAUCCACCAGUGAAGAUUCACAACCAUCGGGUAGUGAAGAAAGCAACAUUCACGUGACUAUUCCCAAUCCAGAACGUCAAAUAAUUAUGGAGGAAUCAUGUGCCAUGGCUGAGCAAACCUUGACGAAUGUACCAACAAACUCCGUCGAACUGCACAUGUAUAAUACAUACAAACUAUUGUUGCUACGAAUUUCGGACAUGCUAUUGCAGCACGAUAAAGAAAUGCUUCAGGAUUGGGCUACAAGUAAUUACUCCGUUCAAGAAUCCGAAAAUGCAUUUCAAAUUUUGGUUCAUUUGGAUGAAAAGAAGAUCAUCAGCUCGUCAAACUUGCAUGUACUAAGAGAUUUCUUCGGUACGAUUACCCGCUAUGACCUUGUUCACAUCAUCGAGAAUUUCAUCGCCGGAGAUUUCAGCCUCCUACGCAAGACCCAAUCUACUAUAAGCGUCAGAAACCGAAGCAUUCGUGGUAACGGGAAUCUCAGACUUCAAGCGUCUGGUUCUGUUCCCCUCCAACAACGUACCACGAGUAAAAGUCCAAAAAUAUCCGUGGAAGAAAUUCGAACAGGAAUGAAGGUAGCAAAAGUGCCAGAAGAUCGAUCGGUGCAGACCACGAUAGGUGGGGGGACAAGGAGGCCAGUAGUCGCUGACAGCGCUUACAAUAGCGCAGACAGCAGAGAUACGGGCAGUAACAGCAAGAAAUUCUCUAAGCCGAAACGUGCACCUGAUCCAGAACAGCAUCGCCUAGAGAACCAUCACAGUAUCGACGACGCAGGCCCUUGGUUGUGUGAUCAUUACAAAAGGCGAUGUUAUGUGAAAUUCGAAUGCUGCGAAACGUUUUGGCCAUGUCAUCGUUGCCACAACAACAGAAGCGAGUGUGGUCGAAAGAAGUUGAAAUCUCGUGAUAUCACAUUAAUAAAGUGUAUGCUUUGCCAAAAAGAGCAACCGUUCAACGAAAAUUCACAGUUCUGUAACGGCUGUGGUGUUAAAUUUGCGGAAUACUUCUGUGGUAGAUGCAAGCAUCUCACAGGAACUGAUGAUAACCCAUAUCAUUGUGAAAAAUGUGGGAUUUGCAGAAUCCACGGAGAUCGAUCAUUUCACUGUGAUGUGUGUGGUGUUUGUCUGGAUGUGCAACUGAAGAAUAACCAUAAAUGUCGCGCUGGCUCGGCCCACGAUGAAUGCUGUAUUUGCCUUGAGCUAGGGUGUCAGGUUGGAAUGCUGGUUCUGAUCCACACAUUUCACGAAGCUAACACAGGUAUCUGUCGGUUAAGUUAAAUUCAUUUUACGGCAUUUGCCAUAAACACAUCCAACAAAGUUUACAUAAAGUUUACAUAAGCCUACACCGUAUUAGUUCUCGAACGCUGUUCCAAGGUAAACGUUCAAAAAUCGCCUUCUUUUCAUUUACUAUAAAAUAUAGCGGCAAGUUAUCGUUCCAUGUAUUCCCCUGGUCACUUGGGUAGCUGUAAGCCUUUUGAACGAUUGGAGAUGAAUGAUAUCCCCAAUAGUUUAAAGCAAUGUUGCCGUGACAGUCAAAAUAAAACGAAAGAAAUUUCAGAGGCGGAUAAAUUUUGUUCAUAACUUCGUGCAUGUUU